AUUCUGCAACCGCCGGUCUCAAACAGCCAAGCCCCGAACGCAUACGAAGAAAGGAUUGACUGUGAGGAGACCUGUGUCAGGAGCCCACGCAUCACCAGAACUGAAAGCCAGGCGGAGGGACACUUUGCUCACCUAGCUCGCCCAAUUCAGUACCUGUACGCUUAUCUCACCUACUGCACGAGGAUCAUACAGGACAGUGUGCAGCAUGAUAUCAAAGAAUCAAGCGGGUGUCCUUCUACUGGCCUUGGCCGCCUGUGCAGCAACAGUGCAGUGCCAGCAGCAGGGCUCUUUCUUUGCAGCCCAGGCAACCGGCGGCAUUGCCUACAACGGGCAUGAUUGGUGGGAUGUGAGGGCCCCUGAGAUCCCAAAGAUGCAGAGUCAGGCAGCCCUCUUCGCCACCGCCAUCAAGUCUUCGCCUGGCGCCUUUGCCGGCAUGUUUGCCGAGCUUGUUGCCCUGGGAUAUCAGGUGGAUGCCGUGCGUUCACUGGCGUACCUGAUCAACGCCAACUUCACCCUCAGCGGCGGCUGCCCCAACCCUCCCCCCACCGCCUUCUUCACUGACAACCUGGGAGACGCCAUUGUGCGCGCAGUGGCCUUUGGCAGGAACCCCGCUGACCAGCCGCAGCGCCUGUCCCUGACCGGCAACCUCACGGACGGGCAGGUGGCCAAUGCGCUCAUCGCCGGCAUCGCUCUGGCCGCCAAAUCCUGCGGCCCGCCCAACCACCUGUCCUCCUCCAGUGCGGAGCAGGCGCGAGAGAAGUACAGGAACAGCUCCUGCUACUUCGUGGGGCCAAUUCUGGCGACUCCCAUGAACAAGAGCCUCGUCUUUGCAGACUCCCUUGCUCAAGCUGUGGAGCAGAGCACAGUCCAGAACCCCUGGGCUCUGGGUGCCGUCCUCGGCGGCAUUCAGGACUGCGUGAACGGCCCAGCGGAUCUGCAGGACCCGCCCGCCUGGCUGCCAAAGUCCAACGGGCCCAUCGACGACACUGAGGUGGCCGAGACCAUCCCUGCCAUCAUACUGCAGCGCGUCCAGUCGCAGGCGUUGUCUCCCUCGCAGCCGCCCAAGCUGCAGGCCACCACCCAACAGCAGAUCGUCCCCUUCGCUGCCGUCGGCGGCCGCAGGCGCCUCCAAGCCAGCUUGUGA